AAAACAUGUGUUGAUAUAAGCAUAUGCACAUCGUUUUUUCGUUAGUAAUAAUAUUUCUCUGUUCAAAAUAUGUCUGCAAAACCUAAAAAUUUUAGUUUGAUUUCGAAAUGUUUCGUAAAUUAGUUCUACUGUCUUCUGGAGUGUCAAUCGUGUCAAAAAUUGUGAUCUUUAAAUUAUCUGUAAUCAAUUAUGUUUUGAAAAAUUUGUUUCAUGUGAUAAAGUUGAGUAGUAAGUGUUUUGGAGCAGUUACCAUACAAAACUAGUUUAGAACUUUUUAAUCGUCAACCAAAACAUACAAGAUUUUCAUGAGGUUCAAAGCAACAUCAUAGUGAAUAUAAGAAAGGAUCUGUGAAUGUGUUGGUCGGUAAUUAAAAUCAUCAGCAAUAGUGGAAUGAAUAAACAAAUUAAUUGAAAGUAAAUAAUGACUUGAUUGGAAAAUUAUAUCUGUUUUAAAAACUAGAAAUCAUGGAAUAUUUGUGAAGUGUUAUUAUAUUACUCACUUGGAAAACAAGGAUAGCUUAAUAAAGUGAGUAUUUUCACAAAAUUAUAAUGGAUCCAAGCAUGUGAAUGAUAACUAAUGAAGGAAUUUCUAUGGAAAAAUAGAGUAGUGGAGAAGAUAGCUGAUUCUAAAACAUUUCACAUAUUCAUUUUGCCUGGAAAUAAUAGAGAAAAUUAUCGCAUCAUAAAUCUAAUACUGUAGAAGCAAAAAUUAAAAAGACCUACUGAAAUCAAAUUAGAACUAGAAAUUACGGUAUUCCAGUAAUUGACAAAAUUAUACAAAGUUGUAACUCCGCAGAAAAUGUUACAUACUUCCUGUUCAUUCGAAGAGAUUUCCAAGAAAAUAAUGUAGAAUUCUGUCUCAUCAACUUUUCAUUGAAAAUAAAAUAUUAUUGUAAGUCUAAAACAAGCCUCACAAUGCUUUCAACACUCCUCCGGAAUGUACGCACUCUCCAACCUUACACCCUCAACCUCACCGCCUCUUUGCUCCCAAAACGCAGCCAUUCAUCAGGAGGAAACCCAUCACCAAGGUUACAAGAGGUCGGCAUCCUUGAGAAACCACUUGAAGGUCAACUGUACCAAACGGGACAAUGCGUCUUCAACAAGGCACUCGCCUACCGCGGAGUAGUCAUCAUGUCUUGGAAAGCAAAUGUCGUCGACAGCAGUCAUACGUCAGGAUUGAAAACUGUGGAUUACUACCAAGUACUGCUGGACCAACGGGAUGUCUUGAAUGAUAGGUUGAUAGAGGCCACGCCCAAAGAGCCCUGGCCCAGGGGACGAUUCCUAUUGGCUGGUAUUGAUCACGUGUGUCACGAUGAAUUGUUGCCUUAUACACCGUCGGGUGGGUUUCUGCCCAUCGUUAAUGUGAAUGCGAGGAGGUUGUUCAAACGGAAUGAGAAUGAUCGGGCUAGGCUGAUUCCAAAGGCGGCACUGACAGACUGGCGCACUCAACACUUGCCGUGGCUGACGAGCGGUCAGGUGAACAUGGAGACAACCCGUGAGGCACUGAGGGUGACAGCCACCUGCUUCUACACGGGCCGACACCGCCUCGUUCACCGUUGGCGGUGUUCGCUACGAGUUGACAACAUUUCACCUGAUGACUCCUAUCUCCUACAGGGUCACGAAUGGGACGUAUUCUCGCCGUCAGGCCGCCGCCACGUGGUGAAAGGCGUAAACCUGCCCGGCAACCGAACAGUGUUGUCGCCCGAGGCACGCGCCGUCCAACACACGUUCUAUCUAGAUAUCACGGCGCCCUUGGCGCUCACCUGGGGUUUCUUUAUCGUCAGCAAACAGCCACACACAGAGAUGUUCCGCUGCAAGAUCCCCGCCUUCCCGCUAGAGAGUGUGCUCAGGUCCGCAGUCGUCGACGAUUUGGUCAAGAAUACGUGAGCUUAAUGCGUGAAACGUGGAUGAUUUGAACUUAUGAGGUGGAAAAUUGAGAAAUUAAGUAGUAAAAUUAUACAAAUUUUGCUGUGGUUGAUGAUUUGGUCAAUAAUACUCGAAGUCUAUGUUUCUAAAUAAGUGAUUUGGUUUCACUGAGGAGGAAUAUUCAGAAAAUUAGUAGAAAAAAUGGUAAAAAUUCACUGUCGUUUCUAAUAUGUAAUUUGGUCUCAUUCGAGGGGGAAUAUUGAGAUGAUUAGUUGGAAGAUUACAAAAACUUUGUUGCGGUUGAUGAUUUGGAGUUGAAUACUAGAAAUCUUUUUGUGUUUGUUGAGAGUAAUUUGGACAUUUUUAUGUGAACAUUUUAAAAA